AUGGCGAUAUCUAAACCUCGGAAGGUUGCUAUUGUAGGUGGUGGCCUCACGGGAGUCGCCUCCUUCUGGGCUCUACAAGGAUCUUGUCUCGAUGUCCACUUAUUCGAAGCCUCGUCCGCACUUGGUGGCCAUAUGAAGACCUUGCUGCUGGAAAAUAGUGGCAAUAAGAUCCAAGUCGACAUGGAGUUGCCGACAUUCAACCCAAAUGCCUGCCCCAACCUCACCUCUCUACUUCGCUGUCUGAGGAUUCCUACAACAGCUGUUCCAUUUUCCUUUGGCAUCGUCGACGAUACCUCUAUCUUCAAAUGGCAUAUCAGCAUCUUGAAAAGCAUUCUUCUUUGUCCCCGGAUACUGUGCAAGUUCGAGACUUACCGACUAUUGUUAGACGUUCUCAGUCUAAGAUUCCUGGGGGAUGAUGUGCUGACCCAACCGGCCGUUGAGGGUGCAGAUAUGCAGGCUUCGACUGAGAGUUAUCUUCUAGACAAGGGAUACUCUGAUGGAUUUCGGGACAGGUAUCUCACCCCAUUGCUUUCAACACUGUGGAGAACGAAUGUGGGGAGGUUUCUCUCAAGUCUGCCCGUCAAGGCACUGGUCCAUUCUUUGAGCGACCAUCAGCUCCUUUCCACGUGUGAUACAAUACCAAAAUGGCGGCGUAUUGAUCCUGGAGUGAGAUAUCUCAUUGAGGCGAUGGCUAAGGACUUCCCACUUGAAAAACUGCAUUUUCAGACAAAAGUGAACGAGAUUAUGCGACGUUCUAAAUCACAGUAUGACCUUGUAACGUCCGAAGGGAAACAUUCGCACUUCGAUCAUAUCAUACUCACAGUCGACGGGCAAGAAAUUCUCCGAUUACUGGGAUCGGCUGCAACUGCCGAAGAAAAGGAUAUCCUGCGGUGUCUAGGAGUGACUAAGAAUAUCGCAGUUCUACAUUCAGAUGCCCAUCCAACUACCUAUGAUUCUGCACCUGGCUAUAAUUUCAUCAUGGCAUCACAAGAUUAUCCGCAACGGGGUUUCGUACCUCCCAAGUCUUGCUUGAGAUACGACGUCAAUGUACUCCAAGACGUUCCCGCAUCGCGUUUUGGCGAUAUAUUCAUCACUUUGAACUCCGUCUCACCACCUCACCCCAGCCUCGUUCAGGGAGUAUGGGAGUUUACCGAACCUGAACCUUCCGCAGCAUCACUUGAUGCACAGUCGCGCCUUAUUUCCAUACAAAACACACGAGGCCUAAACUACGGCUUUUAUUGGACAGGCCGUGGACUCUUGGAGGAUGCGUUAACUUCUGGCCUGAAACUGGCUGUAGGCCUCGGAGCUACUGUCCCUUUUCAUGUCGUCUUCCAUCCGCAACCUUUGGACACGACGGAGUUCUUAUAUAGACACUCGGGACUUCGACACAAUCUGGUCAAGACAAUCCUGCAGGCAAUUCGUGCGCUGGUUCUUGCAGUAGAGAUCGUUUUGAUAUUACUAGGACGGAUCCACACCCCUGGUUCCAAGGCUAGAGCCCGCGUUAACCUUUCCAGAGCAAUCAGGACCUGA